GCAACUUGCUGAUGCGCUCGUCUCUUUUAUCGCGUAUGGUGGCAGCUGCUGUUCCUAUGAAAUUGUAGCUCAACAAAACCUGCCCUGUCCACCCACACACAAGUAAAGGAUACAAAUAUACGUGCUUUAAAAAAAACCUGUAUCGCUUUCUUUUUAUUUAUUUAUUUCCUGUUUCAUCGUCGGUGCCCCUACAGGAGAAUGCGUCACAUGAAGGGUUUCUCCGCAGCGUCCAUACAUCCUUUCCGUCGGCUGUGCCACCCCUACCGUCACAUCGUCGCUGUCAGCGUCCAGUACUCUGCAUCUGCCGCUGCGGCAUCAACGCUGCUGUUCACAAACUCCCGGUCUCUCGGUACGCAGCCUUCAGCAUCAUCAACUUUACCGCAGUCCGAUGCAAGUAGUGGAGCAGAAGCUGAUGGGUCCAAGCUCUUCGAAAACGACACAUUCAGCGGGGCAGCCGCGAACCCCGCCGUAGGCGACUCUCUUUCGACUGAGUUUCCCUCGACUUCCACCUCCGCGUCACCGUCGGUGUCUGCGCCUGCAGCCGAGCUGUCGCGUCUUACGCUGGAGAAGAUUGACGCCUUUGUGCGUCGCCACGACUACCUCUGCGUGGGCAUGGGUAUCUCCUCCACUCUGCCGCCUCUGCCCGCGUCAGAUGCGGCUGGUCAGGCGGGGUCGCCGAACCUCCAAAGCAACAUGGUGGUCGAGGGAGGAGUUUUGGCAAGUGCACCGGAUGGUCAGCAUCGCCACUCCGCGCGCGCACUGCACGCGACGGAAGCGGUGGUGGGUGAUAUACGGACUAUGCUGGACCGUGUGGCACAGGAGGCUCCCGUGCUCGGUGCGCUGACGGAGAAGCAGCGCCAACGCCUCAUCACGGAUGUGUGCCGCAUCGGGUAUGUGGUAGGAUUGCACCGUCGCUGCGCCGCCUUGUACGUUGAUACGGUGCUCCCGACUUCGAAAAUGAGCCGCCAUAGCGCUGGUGAUGAUGACGGGCGCAGCUUUGAUCCGCAGAGGCAGUCCCACGAAAGCGGUGCUGCCGUCGAUGGCACAACUCUUUCCAUCCCCGACUUUGUGCUUGACGCAGCGGGCGAGGCGGCUGACUUGGGUACGCUGGAGCGCUGCCUCGCGUACGUGGUGCAGGUAUUCGUGAACGAGGACGAGGGGACCUCUUCCCCUGGUGCCUCGGAGACGCCUGAGAUGCAUUCUGGCUGGCUCGCUGCUCUGCAGAUAUUUGCGCUGUGUGUACGGGUCGCUCUCCAGCACAACUGGUACGGCCCUCCGUUGUCCGCCAUCAUGCAACCACCCCAGCGGAGUGCAUCCAGCGGCGUGGAACCCAAUACGGUGGUGGAUCACGAAGCAAAGAAGGGGCGGAGUUGCGAUGGCGCAUGGGCACGUUCCUCUGUCGACGGAGCAGCCAACACGAAUAUCGACUCUCCCGAAACGUCAGCGAUGGACGCGCGGCGCGUAGAGGAGCUCUGGUACACCUUUACGAUGCGAGUGCUGCGUCUUCUGCGCCUCCACGACGGUGGGGAGGCCUUCUUUCGUGCCACGCUGCGCAGUGCGCGCUACCACUACGCGCAGGCGGGCGGCGACUGGUCAGCUGCCCACGCUGCCGUGUACGCGAGCUGCUUCCGUUGCUGGUUCGGUGAAGCGGAGCAGACGAACACGACUUCUCCGUAUCCCGCCGCGUCGGGCAGCACACGAAAGCACGGAAAGGCAAACCACCUGCCUCUCUCCCCUUCCGCCGCGCCUUCACCAACGGUGCGUCUCACAUGCCCUGCGUUGGUGGUGCUGCUGCGCACUGCUGUCGCUGCGCGUCAGCACGACAUUGCAGAGUGGGCCACGCUGUACGCGGAUGCGUGCCUCGACGACUGGACCUCGGAAGGGGGCCGCACCUUUGGACCCGGAUGUCAUGAAACUGCCAAGGCCGCUUCGGUGUCCUCUUCGAGUUCCGCCGCAACCGCCCAGCUGGACAUGCUGCUGAUGUGGUACCUUCGCUACCUCCAGCAAUCGAAUCAGCGCCACCGGGCGUGCUGCUGGCUGCGUCGGCUGCGCACACGUCAGCCAUCCUCGCCCCUCCUCGACAGUGCGCUGCCGUCGCUGCCCGUCCUGCGCGUCGCCGCCCGUCUUGCAGGAGAGGGGCUCGACGCCGAUGUGGCCCUGUGGUGUUUGCAGCUUUGCCUCGAUGACACCCCGGGUCGCUCGCCGACGCACCUCGACAUCUUCACCUGCCUCUGCGCCUACGCGCGGUGUGGCCUGCCGACCUUCGACAUGGUUCUGCGGUCUCUGCUGAGCAACGGGCUCUUGCGCCCGACAGCGGAGGAGCUGCUCUUUGUGCGCCUCCUGCACGCCCGCCGGUCUGUGUGUUGGCGCAGGGAGUGGGAGCAGUGUAUGGCCCAGUACGUGGUGACGACGACGUCUGAGGAGGAGAGGGAAAAGAAGGGGGUCACGCGUCAAAAGCGUGGUUCGGUAAAGCAAAUGGAGGCGCCAACCGUGGUGCUGCGACUCUUCGCCGCGGUGGAGCCAAGCAGCAACGACGCUGCGAGGCGUGAUGCGGCGUCGUCGGCAGCCGCAUGCGAGGACGGCGUGACGACGCAGGAAGACAGGAGCUGCAACGACGAGGAGGCUGCCGCUGCCGCGCGGUCCAUCGCGCCCUCCCGCACCACCGUCUUCUCCACGCGGGUGAUGUACCAAAUUCUGCUCCUUCUCCAAGAGGGCGAGCACACCGAUUUCAUGCCCUUCUACCGCACCUUUCUCAUCACCUUCAACGAGUACGUGGCGGUUAGCGACCGCGCCAGGUGGGCCCUGCUCGCGCUGGCCUGGGCGAGCCUCCAACACGGCAGCACGCCACUGGAGGACGUGGUGUACAUCGCCCGCGAGGUGGAGCAGCUGAUGGGGCUGCAGGCGGAGCACCACGCUUUGGGUUUCAAGGACGAAAACAAAAAGAAGGCAGCGAUCUCGCGUCCGCUGCCCAUUGCCGCAGACCUGUACCGCAGUCUCGAGCGUCGUUGGGCGUCGCUGUAUCAGCAGUAUCCGCCCUCCUGGUGGUUCACCGCGUUGGCCGGCGAUGCCACGCUGCUGGACCGGGCAGGGAUGGAGAAGAUGGCCGCAAGGGCACGCGCCGCUGCCCCUGCAACCACACCAGCCUUCGCGCGAUUUGUGAGGAGGCGGCACCUCCUCCCCACUGCGGACACCUCAGCGCCGGAGAUGCUGCUGUCCUCCGUAAGAAGAGGGACGUCGAGGAACGGCAUGGGGCCAGCUGCAAUGUCGGAUUUGGGUUGCCCACAGGAAAGAUGCGCAGCGCUUCAGCAGAUGGACCGCGAACUGUGGGCCGCGUACGUAGCCUCCGGACAAUCUAUCUGA